UGCCAAGGAGGUACAAAGCAAGUGUUCAGGACUCGGAAAGUGCUGCACACAGGAUGUCGCUCGCGCACGCCUUUGGGGUCGGCAGAUUUUCCAUUCUCCGUAAAGUCCCUUGGCCCGAGCAGCGUGCCUGGCUGAGCUCUUCCGCAGAAAUAUGGCGGCCGCGGCUCGGGAGACCUCUCCCGUUCGGCGGCACAUCGAAGCGACAUUGCACACAAGCCCGUUGGCGCCUUUCACGCACCUGGAAGUGCAGAACGAGAGCCACGGGAGGCACGAGGACGAGAGCCACUUCCAUGUGGUGGCCGUGUCGGCAGCCUUCGAGGGCAAACCACGGCUGGAGAGACACCGCUCUGUGCAGACGCUGCUCUCAGACGCGCAGGGCAAGCUGCUCUUCCACGCCCUGCGCCUCACGGCCAAGACGCCAGCUCAGUGGGAGGCAGCUCCCACGGCCCCGCCAGCCCCACGCUGCACGGGGGCCGGCGACGGCCGCGGCGCCACGGACGUCGCGCGCCUCCCGGCGCCGACGGCCCAGCCCUCCGCGCCGGGCGCCUCCGGGGCCGCGCCGCGAGAGGCGCCGGCGCAGCAGGAGGCGCAGAGCGUGGCGGCCGCCGGCGCCAGCGAGCGCCAGCGGCUCCUGGGCGGGGCUCCCUGGCAGGCCUGGGCGCCGCUGGCCGCGGUCGCCGCCGCCGCUGCGGCGCUGCUCGCCGCCCGAGGCCUCGCCGCCCGCCGCGCCAGCGCUCCGCCGUGAGGGGCGGCGCCCGGUGGGAGGCGGCGCCCGGCUGCCGGGGCGACCGAGUGGAGCCCGCCCGCCUGCGGCGCGGGCCGUGGGCUUGGCAUCGCUCGGGCUCGGGCGCGUGCGCUGGAUCUCCCCGGACAGGAUCGCGUCGC